CAAGCAGACAGUAGACAAACGAUAGUAUGGCUGCCACAUUGACAGACAAGCAUUCACUUCAAUAAGUUUAGUGUUGCUUCUGAACAUGAUUAGUUUUCACUACACAUUAGGUUUCUUGUUAAUUUGUGUGCCAUGGCACGCAAACGGAGUUAUGUGGUACCUUGAGCCGAAUACACAGAAGUGUUUAAAAGAGGAAUUGCAGCAAAAUGAUCUAGUUACCGGGGAGUAUGAAGUGUCCCAGGCCCCCGGUCAAAAAGUGCAUUAUAUAGUACGUGACUCGCAAGGACACAUUUUAUCUCAGAAGGAAGAUAUUUCAAAGGGAAAAUUCUCAUUUGUCACAGAAACAUAUGAUACUUAUGAAGUAUGUUUUGCGUCCUUCGUUCCUCCUCAUCAACGAGGCGUUCGACAAGAAGUAUCUCUUGUGACGAAACGAGGAAUUGAAGCAAAGAGCUAUGAAGCUUCUGUGAUUGGAGAAGCUGCUAAAUUGAAACCAAUGGAAGUGGAGCUGAAGCGUUUGGAAGAUCUCUCUGAUGCUAUAGUUCAGGACUUUUCUAUGAUGAGGAAGCGAGAAGAGGAAAUGAGAGAUACUAAUGAAUCGACCAACAGCCGUGUGUUGUACUUCAGCGUGUUCAGCAUGUGCUGUUUAUUGGGUCUGGCAACAUGGCAAGUUCUGUACCUUAGGCGCUUUUUCAAGGCUAAGAAGCUCAUAGAAUAACUUCUUUUCAAUUUCAUUUUCAUUUUUCUUGUGAAUGACUGAGCUCAUUAAUAAUAGUUAUUUGGUGUGUGUUUGUGCAGUUUCAGAAUUGUCUGUUUUAAAAUUAUAUCUGUUUGUAUA